CCUCACCUCCCCCUGUUUGGUAACCGCCAAACAGGGCACCCCCCUUCCACUUACUUUCUCAUUACAUAAUUACCUAUUGGUAAAUUAAUUAAUUAUUAAUUACUAUUACUAAUUACAUUUUCUAUUCUUACAUCCAACACCCUCCCUUCUCUCCCCCUUUUCUCUUCUCACUGUGUUCUUGCCUUUCAUCGUUUUCUUGGCAGGAGUACAGAAAGGGAACAAUAAAUCGAAAAAAAAGCAUCCCAUAUCCAAGAUGGGUGCUUUCUUUCUCUAUUUAUUCUGAGUCACGAAUACCGUGAUUCUCCAAUUAGAUUGGCCUUUUUCCAUUUCCAUUUCAUCCGGGGGUGCGCAAAUUUCUGGGACUAAUCAAUUGACAAUGCUGCAUUAGUGGGAUUGGUACUGCCGGGUUCUUUAGCUGAUGAAAGAGGAUUGAGCGGUGGUGCUUGUGGCUUGGGUGUUGCUUACCUGUUCUAUACGCUAAUUCAGAAGCUCUGUCAAAUUUAGUGCCUGACUUACUGCUUUAUUGAGGGAUUCAUUUCAUAUAUUUAAUUAUAUUGAGUUGGGAAAAUCAAUAGAUUUCUCCAAUGCAAGGGCAGAGAGGUACAGUUGUUUCAAUGCCUGAAACCUUAGAAUUUGAUUGUGGAUCUGCAUCUGGCAAUUCUACUGCGGAUCAGCAAAUUUGCUGGAAUAAUGUGAAUCCUGCAGAGAACCAAAUUCCUGAUUAUAUACUUUCUCCUUGUGAUAUGAACUCAUCCUAUGACAAUUCUAUUAUUAAUCAUGAAUGGCAAAAUUUGAGUGGAUGGAGCUUAGGGGAGCCAAGUUCCAGUAAUACACCAAAUGAGAUUAACAAUAAUGAGCAAAAAAGAGAACUUGGAUGGUCAUCAACCAUUACUGCUGGUGCAUUGGCUGGUCCAAGCCUAGAAGAAAGGCGCCUUGAACCAACCAAUGCUCUUUCACUAGACAAUGUCAAUACAGGUCCUAUCUACAUCUGUAGCCCCAAUUCUCAUUUGAUGUCCCAGAAUCUCAACUUAAAUGCAGGUUUAGCGGACAGUGGCAGUGAUGAUAGUCAACAUCUGGAGCUCCCUAACUUAAACAAGUCUAGUGGGUCAGCAAACGAGUGUAUACCACCUAAUGUUGGAUCUGGUUCUUUUCUGCUUCCUUCUGGAAAUAAUGCCUUCCUGGUAGAAGAUACUGAUGGUAGGCCUAGUUGUUCUCUUGAUACUCGGCGGGUCUCUUGUAAACGAAAGGCUGUUGAAGGAAAUAAUGGACAAUCGUCAGAUGCUGGGAGUUCUAGCUACAGUCAGCAUACAGAUGGUAGUGCAUGGCACACCAUUCCUACUCAGGAUAAUGCUGGAAGCAGUUCGAGAAGAUCUAUUCCCUCAGAAGAGGUAAACGCAAGACUUGGCCUGGGUAUCGGGGAUGAAGCAUCUGAAAAUGUUUCUGAUUCAAAAACUGCGGGAAGCUCAGAAAGCUUUCACAGGAAUUUCCGUUUGAGGUUAAAUCCUUCAAACCCAGCAAAUUCUGUUCCUCCCACCGCAUUCUCAACUGGGAGCAUGAUUAGGCAUUCUGGUGUUUCUCCAUCCUCUCAAGUAUCACAAAGACUUCAUUCUGUUGAUAAUUCUCUGAACUCGAGGUCGGCACCACCGAUAGAUAAUGUGGUUCCUCAAAGCCAGCCACAUGUAAUCCAUGUCCCUGCUUUGCCCAGGAAUAGACAAUCAUUUAGAUGGAGUGGUGGUUCUAGCUCCAGAAACAUCCAUUCAUCAAACUCAAUUAUAUCCCCAGCCAGGGAUCAGGAGGAUGCAAGCUCAAGAAGAAUGUCCAGAAAUAUGUUAGAACAUCCAGUCUUUCAACCUGCAACUGAUUUAAGAAAUUUAGUUCAAAAUCCAACAGUUAGAGCUUCAAGUUCAAGUAGUGUAAAUUUAAGUAUUCCAGGAAAUGUUGCUUCAUCACGGACUGGAUCAAAUCCAGCUACCAAUCCCUCAUCUGCCCCAACUUGGGUUUCUCCUCCUAAUCCUCCACAGCAUCCACGGAGGUUAUCUGAAUAUGUCCGUCGGUCCUUGUUUUCUCCCAGUUCUGAUGCUAUUGGAAGUCCAAGCAAUAAUUAUUCUUCCUUGCGCUCUGGUUUUUCUACAUCUGAACCAAGGGCGUUAUCAUCUGGGAGUGGGGCAAACCCGAGAUCAUCUUCAUGGUUGGAGAGGCAAGGAGGUAGUGAAUUUGGAAUUCCUUAUUCACUACGUACUUUGGCUGUUGCAAGUGAAGGAAGUAGUAGACUUGUAUCUGAGCUCCACAAUGUUUUGGGCCGAAUGCGUAGAGGUGGGAACAUGCGAUUUGAGGAUGUUGUGAUCCUUGAGCAUCAAUCAUUUCUUUCUGGAAUAGCUGAUGUUCAUGAUCGACACGGGGAUAUGCGACUUGAUGUUGAUAACAUGUCUUAUGAGGAGUUGUUGGCUCUGGAAGAGCGCAUUGGAAAUGUGAGUACUGGAUUGAGUGAGGAAACCCUAUCGAAACUCUUGAAACAGAGAAAACACUCGGUUGAAAAAGGGUCUGAGACUGAUGCAGAACCCUGUUGUGUUUGUCAGGAGGAUUAUGGUGAUGGGAAUGAUAUUGGAACGCUUGAUUGUGGCCAUGAUUUCCAUAGCAGCUGUAUCAAACAGUGGCUAAUGCAAAAGAAUCUGUGUCCCAUUUGUAAGACAACGGGCUUGGCAACAUGAUGUAUGUGACUCUCUGUCCUCAGGCAAAUACCAUGACCAUGAAGGAAAAAAAAAAUUGGCACAAUUUACCCAGGAAAUUCUGGUGCUUGGUGCCUUGUCUUCUGUUUCUAGCCUAGUAAAUUGUCGUACCUGACUGACAGAGGUUUCCCCUACCCUGCCUCCCUCCCCCGAAUUUGUUUAUUUAUUAUCUAAAUCCAAAGGUCUCCCGGUUUAGGUGAUGAAGGAGCGCUUCUUAACUCAAGUUGACAAGGCUUGGUUUACAUUUAUGAAAUUUUUUAAUAUUGUUCGGAUUGGAGUUAUGCUGAACGGAAAACUAGGUACAAAAAGAAAUGAUUACAAAAAAAAAAAAAAAAAACUAGGUACAACUAGAUCUGCGCCUCAUCGCCAUUGUUUGUCUGUUUUUGCUCCUUUGAAUUGCCACCAGGUUGAUGUCA